UGCCAGUUAGAUCCAACUCGCAGUCAUGUCCAAUCCAACGCGUUGCUCUUUCCCGUCAAACAUCGUCCUUCCACGGUGGCUCGCAUUCAUCAAUCAGAUCCAAAACCCGUUGGCAUUGCAGAAAACCGUCGACCGAUGCCUGGGGUUCAUCGUCUGGGACUUCGACACCAAACUGUCGUACGCGAAGCUUAUCUUCGUGGUAAUCAUGUACAUCUACUUGGUCGUAUGCUGCGUCUGUGCCCUAUUUCUGGUCAACCCAGCGGACGUUCAUCCUGAUUACUACCUUAAGAUGUGGUUUUUCAUAGGAGCUGGUGCCUCUUGCUCAUUGCCCUGGAUUGCCCUGCUGCCGGCUCGCCGUCACUUCGCAACGAUUCACGAAUUUCUCACCGACCAGUACCGCCUCGAUCCGUACCAUCCUCUGCGUUAUCGAUCUCGACCGGUCAUUUUCCUGUGCUCCGUAUUCUUCUUCUCGAUUAACACCAGUAUCUCCGUCUUCUGGUGUAUUCUUCUGCAAGGCAGUUGUCCUAUUACGUUCGCAUUCCGUUACCCAGGCGUCGAGCCUGCUUCUUCACUUGUAUAUCUCGUCGAGUGUUUCCAUCUUGGGAUGACGGCCAAUGGGACAAUGGUGACGACUCUUACGACCCUAUUAAGCUUCAUUGUGGAGUUCGAUGUCCUUGGAGUUGAAUUGCGUGAGUCAUUCAGUACAAUGGACGUGGAUGUGAUACGCCGUAGUGUUGAACGUCAUCAGCAAUUGCUAGAACUGGUUAACUUAUUCCGCGCCAAGAUCAAGCCUUACUUCCUGAUUGCGAUGGGGUUGUACUUGUUUCUGGUGACCUUCUCGUGUUUCCUGCUGGUGGUUCAGCUUCGCGAAGGCGACUUCCAAGCCUUGCGAUUCAACGUGUUCAACGCAGCCAUCUCGAUCGUGACUAUUAUAAUGUUUGGCGUUAUCUGCGAUAUGGUGGAGGAUCGGGUCCGACGGAUUGGCGAUCAGGUGUACGAGUCUGAGUGGCCGUUGAAGCUAGUCUACGAUCAGGGACGUGGCGAUGUCUAUCGAUUGCAGAAGAGCAGUCUGAUGAUGGUUAUUGCCCGUUCGCAGAAGAAGGUCGGGUUCACCUGUGGAGACAUCUACCAGAUGUCGACGAUUACCAGUAUGCAGGUGUUGAAGCUGUGCUACACGGCGUUCACGAUGCUGUGGAAUGCUACCAACGAAUGAGGACUCUGCAGAUGUUACCAGUUGAUCGUAUUCUUGCUUAGUGUAGAUCGAAAGAUGCAAAUAAAGUUUUUUUGUGUCUAUCCACA